GCAAAAUGAGAGUGACGAGUACACUUCUCCUGAUCUUAGCCUGGACGGGUGUCCCUGUCCUGGCAGGAGGGUUUUCUAUGUCUGCCCCUGAGCUUGCAGACUACUGCUUCUAUGCCAUAUACGAGUCUCUUAGCUCGUACACGUAUGCAGGUGCUACUACAACCAGCUCAAGCUCAACCGAUACGUCGACUUCUGAGAGCUCUUCUAGUUCCAACAGUUCAGCAAGCGGUUCAACCUCGCAUGGCUCCUCCUCCUCAGGUGCCGUCGUCACAACACCACAUGGCUCCUCCUCAAAACGGGCAUUCGCAAAGAGGAUGGCUCGACGUGGUCAUCACGGUAGUUCUUCUACUGGAGGCUGCACGAGCACAGUGGGUGCCAUGUCCUUGUAUGCCAGUGCGAAGGCGUGGUGUAACAAGAAGCAACUGGAAGCCACCAUUCCUUACUGGCAAAGCCUCUGUGAGCAGAAUAGUGCUACUCUGAUUGAUCUGACUGAUAUCGUUGCCAAUGCCACCGAUUCUUACAUCGCAUCUUUGCCAACCAUCGACCCUGAAACCAAUAGUACGACGACAACCGGCACUAUUGAGAGUCCAGUCCUGCUUAGCCACUCGUACUACAAGCGAGCUUAUAAAUCUUAUGUCACCCACGAUUACGCACUGAGCAAAGACAAACGUUAUGGCUGGGGUCUUAUGGGCUAUUGGGGUGGAAUACUGGCUCUUGGCAUGAUCGUCAAGGCCUGGAAAUCCUUCCGAGCCCACCUCAAUGGCCCCGGACGUGGCGAUUCUGAGAAGAGUGGCUUCUAUGCGGCUGGCCGUAACUCUUGCGCACCAGUGGCUGCUGUUACUCACUUCGUCCGGACUCACUUUGUCAUUCCUGCCAGCUUUGCCCCGAGCCUGUCCAAUCAUCAGCAGCUCUUCUGGUUUCACACCAUCCCGAAACGGCUAGAUCUUCUGAUCGUCUUUGGCUGGUGGGCCGUGUGUAUCAUUCUGUCGUGUGUUGACUACCAGAGUUUCCGCGGGAAUAUCCAGACGCCGAGUCUCUACCAACAGAACUGGCAAUACUCUUCUGAUCGUACGGGAAUUCUGUCUUAUGCCUGUCUUCCAUUUCUUUGGCUUUUCGGUGGACGAAACAACAUCUUCCUUUGGGCAACAGACUUCAAUGUCCAGUCUUUCAACAUCUUCCACCGUCAUGUGGCUUGGGCUUGCACUCUUCUGGCUAUUGUUCAUUCAAUCAACUACACUGUGGUUUUUCAGGUCUACGACGGCAGAUAUCACAGUGCACUAAAGCAGAAUUACUUCUACAUGGGUAUUGUGGCUACAGUGGUGAUGUCUGUUAUGCUCUUCCAAUCCGGCACAUGGCUUCGUCAGAAGUUUUACGAGACCUUCUUGAUCAUCCACGUUGUCCUAGCAAUCCUAACCAUAUACAGUCUAUUCCGCCACACCAGCUUUGACGGCACCGUAUACAACGGCUACCUUUGGCCGAUGGUCGCCAUCUGGGGCUUUGACCGCACUGUGCGCUACCUCCGUGUGAUCUACUGCAACUGGAACGUCCGCUUCGGCAAAGGCUUCAUCAACACCACCUCCUCCACUGUAUCCUACAGCCCGGCCAGCGAUCUGAUCCGCAUCGAAAUGACCCCCGCCGCCCACAGCCUCACUCCCGCCCCUGGUCAGCACUACUACCUCUACCAGCCCUUGACACUACGCGGCUGGGAGAACCACCCCUUCACUCUGGGCUGCUACAACACAUCUGGUGCUGAGGCGAAACUCAUCUUCUACAUCCGUCCUUACGACGGCUGGACCCGGCGUCUCCGCGACCAGUGCCAGAAGUCCAGGGGUAAGGACUUGACCAUCGCGCCUCGGUUGCUCUUAGAAGGCCCCUACGGCCACCAAGUCCCGCUGCACACGUUCGAUACUCUUCUUUUGAUUGUCGGAGGCACCGGUAUCGCCGCGGCAGUUCCCUACAUUCUCAACCACGUUUCUCGUCUCGCAGCCGGAGGCAAGACCCGCACCACAAGGAUCCACCUCGUCUGGUCCGGCCGUCAGAGACAGAUGUUCGAUGAAGUCUGCUGCGCGGAUCUAAUCACUGCGCUGGAGUGCGCGGAUAUCCACGCUACGCUGUAUUGUACGGACAAGAGCAGCAUGGGUGCGAUGACGACUAUUGUCGCCGGCGAGAAGUCCAGCGCUGAAGUCCCGCAGAUCGGUGCGGUGGGUGCAGAGGCCAAGGAGGCCGGCCAGUUCGUGCAGGAUUCCUCCAGUCAGGAGUCCGGACCCAUGAAGGUGGAGGAUCUCGGUCUGGAGGUGCGCUACGGGCGCCCGGACAUUACGGCUACGGUCCAGUCGGUCACGGAGGAGGCCCGAGCCAGUGUGUCUCGCUUGGCGGUGUUGACGUGUGGUCCGGCAGUGAUGGCGGAUGAGUGCCGGAUGGCGGUCUAUGGGGUGAUGAAGGGGGGAUUCCGCCAGGUGGAGUACUUCGAGGAGGCUUUCGGAUGGUAG